UUAGUUGGGGAAUGAUAUACUUAUUUUUUCACCUACUUUAGUCCACUCUGUGUGUAUGAAGUCACAGUUAUAGAAGCAUGAAUGGCUAAAAUACUAUUCACUGUUAUAUGGGUAAACAAACUAGUGGUGGGCAAUUUUCACGAUUAAAUGAAAUUAAUUUGAAUACCAUUUUCAAAAUGGAGUAAUCGCAAUUUUACAUACAGACAUUUCAUCUUUUUAAUCUAAAAUAUCCAAAAAUGCUCCUCAUUUCUGAAGUGUUUCUCCGUCUUACCCAACCUGCACAUAUUUUCAUUCCGCUCAGUCCACUUUCGACACAAACAGCCGGUGGGAUAAAGCAGAUAUUUAGCUAAAAAAUAAAUCCUACCGCUUAUAAGCUUAUAAAAACAGCAUCAUCACUCUAGAAUCAAAAAUCAGAUUUUUUGUGAAAAACAAAAAAAAUAUAUAUAUAUUUUAGGCCAUAAUUGCCCAGUACUAAAACAAACAUACAAAUGAGCACAAUGAUCAAUUAUUGUACGAUAAAUAGAUAUUGCAAUUACUGUGACAGGUCUAUUUAUGUUUGUUCAUUUUAUAUUGAGUUACAUUUCUUUCUUUUCCAGAAUGAGAAGAAGUCGUGCAAGUCAAUUCUGCUGUUUCUAAGGUCCGUUUCUACUUAUUUAAAUUAAAAGUUCCUUAAACAAUCACCUCAGGAUACACCAGAAAGUGGGAUGUCUCAACAUGUCAUUAGAAGAGAUCAAAUGUGAGAUUGGAUAUCAUGCAAUGAUGUCACCAGAAGAAAUAAAAUGUGAAGAUGGAUUUCAUGCAGAGAUGUCACCAGAAGAGAUCAAAUAUGAGAAUGGAUAUGCCACAAGGUUUCAAUCCCAAGAGAUAAAACAUGAGAAUGAAUUUUCCAAAAGCUCCUCUACUAAUAAAACCGCUAUUAAUUCUGAUUCCUCUCCAAAAGAACAAACUUCUAGCAACAUAGAAGAAGAGAUACUCCACCAUUGCUCAGAGUCUGGGAAGAGUUUUAGUAAACAAAUUAACCUCCAAAUGCACCAGUUCAUUUACACUGAUGAAAAACCGUAUCAAUGCUCACAGUGUGGAAAGAGUUUCAAUCGACAGAAUAAUCUACGAAAUCACCAACGCAUUCACACUGGAGAGAAACCGUAUCACUGCUCAGAGUGUGGGGUGAGUUUUAACAGAAGUAGUUCCCUCAAAAGACACCAGAGCGUUCACACUGGAGAGAAACCUUAUGAAUGCUCAGAGAGUGGGAAGAGUUUUAAUAACCUCUUUAACCACCAGCCUAUUCACACUGUGGAGAAACCGUAUCACUGCUCAGAUUGUGGAAAGAGUUUUAGAGAAAGUAGGAGCCUCCAAACACAUCAGCGCAUUCACACUGGAGAAGAACCCUUUCACUGCUCAGAGUGUGGGAUGAGUUUUAGAGAAAGAAGAAACCUACGAACACACCAGAGCGUUCACACUGGAGUGAAACCUCAUCACUGCUCAGAGUGCGGAAAGAGUUUUAAUAAACUGAGUAACCUCCGUACCCACAAGCUAAUUCACACUGGGGAGAAACCGUAUCAGUGCUCAGAGUGCGGAACGAGAUUUAGAGAAUGUAGGAGCCUUCAAAUCCACCAACGCAUUCACACUGGAGAAAAACCCUAUCAAUGCUCAGAUUGUGGGAUGAGUUUUAGAGAAGGUAGCAUCCUUCGAACUCACCAGCGCGUUCACACCGGAGAGAAACCGUAUCAGACUGUGGAAAGAGUUUUAAAGAGAGAGGCAAGCUCAGAAGAUACCAGCUCGUUCACACUGGAGAGAAACCGUAUUACUGCUCAGAAUGUGGAAGGGGUUUUAGAGAAAGUAGGAACCUCCAAACACACUAACUUGUUCACACUAGUGAGAAACCCUACCUGUGCUCAGAGUGUGGAAUGAGUUUUAAAGAAAGGUGCAAGCUCAAAACUCACCAGCGCAUUCACACUGGAGAGAAACCAUAUCAGUGUUCAGAAUGUGGAAAGAGUUUUAAUACAAAGGGUAACCUCCGAACUCACCAGCUCGUUCACACUGGAGAGAAACCCUAUCAGUGUUCAGACUGUGGAUAGAGUUUUAAUGCACUCAGUAACCUCCGAACUCACCAGCACAUUCACACUAGAGAGAAACAGUAUCACUGUUUGCACAAUCAAGUUAAAAGACACAAAUGCACUAAGAGUGAGGAUAAAACUUGAAUUACGGGACGUAACACUGCAAACGUAUGAACUUAAGCCUUGGAUGCACUACAGGAAAUGGAAGCAGAUUAUAAACAUACUGGACAUCCUACGUUACACGACUGCUUUUUGUCUAAAAACUAAAAUUCAGCACACAAUAUACAACAGGACACGAUGCACUACACCACCAGACUCCUGACCACAUGCGCCACCAUGCACGCCACUUGCAGUAUUUAGGAGUCUGAAGGAAAGUACUGUUGGAGAAGGUUUUAUCUGGAAAAACAAUUUGUUUCACUUACUUUUUGCAUUUAUUUAUUUUUGUAUUUGAUGGAUUAUGCUUUGUUAUUCUUCUGAAAAUGUUAGAUAUAUGUAGAUAUUAAAUAAUAGGGGUGUGACGAGAUCUUGUGGCACGGACGAUAUUUCUCGUUAGGCUUAAACCUGUCUCGCGGGGCAAAAAACAGGUAAGUGUGGACUUUUUAAGAGGGAUCUGGCAACCCAGUAGUGAUAGCAGUGAGUGUGGUGGCUGAGCAGUGAGAGCAGCUCUCAGCAGAAGAGGAAAAUUCAGGUAUUUGUAUAGAAGAUGCUUCUGCUACUUUUAAGUUGUAUGUCUGGCUGCAUUUUGGCUCCAGUGGAAACAAUAAACGGUAACAGAGUGACCAACAAGACACAAACCAUAUAUAAAUACUGUAAGUAAAUCCUACACGUGACUGUUUCAUAGACAGCUGUACUAAUCACUUAACUCUGUACUGUAUUUAAAAACAUGUUCUGUCUCUGUUUCACUUCAACCAUAGAGAUUUGGGGAGAAAAAAAACACAAACCAUAGUCUUAAUAUGACUGGUUGUGGUUUGCACUUAUUGUUUGCACUAUAUAAGACCUAAAAAAGUUUUUUUUUUUUUUUUCUUAUUUCUUUUUCUUAAAGAAUCAAUGUGUGAGAGAAACCAGUCUGUUACGUUUGUGUUAUAUGAUUUUGUCAAAUAAAACUCUAGUUUUCAAGCCAUUUUUCAUUUAUGAAGUUUUCUUUAAAAAAAAAAUUAAAUCUUGUCUCGUUCUCGUGAUAUUAGUGUCUCGUC